GCGAGUGCAAAUCAAAUGUACUUAUAAUUUUUCGUAGUGCAGUGCUUGGUUUAUCACCAGUUGUGCGGGCUUGCGCGACAGUGUAAUAUCAUACGAUAUAAAAGUUGCUUGAAAAGACGGAACCCCUCCCCUUCGCCGGAGAGCCGAAAAAAAAAAAGCCGAUUAAUCGGCUGAUCCUGCCUGCAUCGGGGAAAUAAAGGCCUACUUACUGAGAACUUAACAACUUUCCUGAGGGAACAAUAAUAGACGGACAGUUAUGUCGAGAUAAAAGCCCCGUAGCAGCCGAGAGGAACGGAGCCAAAGAGAAAGCUGUAAGCCACGCAGUACCCACGCAUAACUUAUGGUUUACGGAAACACGAACAUGACGGCGCACGGACGACUGUCAACAGUUAUGGUGCUGCUUAGUCAUACAUGUUGGCAGAACGAUUACUAGCAAAUCGGCAUGCCUACAAGUUUGUCUAACACAAACUCAAGCGUGGAAUGAACGAGGACGAAUUAUUAAAACGGUCUGCUGCAGAAAGGGAUAGAAUAUUCAACUGCUAUGACCGGGGCAGAGAAGGAGCUGAGAUUGAUCCUUGGGAAGACCCAGCAUAUGAAAUCUACCACACGACAGACAGAUAUGGAUUUAUUCAUGACAAGCGGUUACCACAGAAAAUGGAUCAGAAUGAAAUCAAGUCUCAUCACGUUGAGAUGGAGAGGCUAAAGAAAUGGGAUAAAAUGGUUAACUACUGGGAUUCUUCUGCUACAAAAGAGAAAUUAAGACGUAGGAUUUAUAAGGGGAUACCAGACAGAUAUAGGGGUCAAGUUUGGAUGCUUCUGUUAAGUAUAGAAAAAUUAAAAAUUGAGCAAGCUGGCAAGUAUCAAGAGAUGUUAGACCUUGCUAGAAAGUGGUCCACUGAAAUUAGACAAAUUGAUGCAGAUGUGGCUAGACAAUAUAGAGAUCACAUUAAUUAUAGAGAGAGGUAUAGUCUUAAACAAAGGUCCAUGUUUUAUGUCUUGGCAGCAUAUAGUAUGUACAAUAUGGAAGUUGGUUAUUGCCAAGGUAUGUCUGUGCUGGCUGGAUUACUUUUGUUGUAUAUGGAUGAAGAAGAAGCAUUUUGGGGACUAUCCGUUCUACUUACAGAUAAGAAGUACAGCAUGCACGGAUUUUACGUGGAUGGUUUUCCAAAGCUGAAUCGAUACAUAGAACAUUAUGACAAAAUAAUGUCUAAGUUCCUUCCAAAGUUAAAACGAAAAUUAGACGAGUGUGGCUGUGACUCCAUACUUUAUGCGUUGAAGUGGUUUUUCGUCGUUUUUCAAGAAAGAACACCUGUCAGUCUUGGUCUUCGAAUAUGGGAUAUAUUUCUAUUGGAAGGUGACCGAGUCUUGCCUGCGGUAGCGUAUACGAUAAUGAAAAUGCACAAGCGUCAAUUAAUGAAGAUGGAGAGUCUUGACGAGUUUUGCAAUUACCUUCAAAUGAAACUAGAAAAAAAUUUUGACUACGACGACGAUACAGUCAUACAAAAUGUUGAACGCAGCAUGGAGGAGUUGAAACGCGCCAAGCUCGAUUACGCGGGUCCACCGCUACCCCACGAAUUACCUCGACAGCCGUUUGGAACUUUCAAAGAGCCUUCCUUCACCAGCAAGGUAGGCCGAAGAGCAGAUGAAUUCAGUGAGCCCCAGCAGCUGAUGCGAGAAACGAUACAACGACGACAGACCGUAACAAUCGAGGAGGAGAACCGCGAGAGCAAUGUGACGCCCACGGAAAUAGCGAUAGCCAACAAUUGCGGCGGAAGCAAGUUCUCGUUCGAGCCGAGCCUGGCCGACGGUGGGAGCUGCGUGUCGCCGCACGGCUCGAGGCGCUCGCUGGCCGACACCUCGGUCACCUCGACGGCCGAUCUCUCGGUGUUCAGCUCGGCGACGCGCAGCCAGGCCCUCGACAACAGCCUCGACACCCAAUCCAACAGUUCAGCCGGCAGCGGGGGUCUGCCCACCCCGAGGGCCAGCUCCCACCAGCCCAGUCCCGACGUCGUCAGGAUCUACGUGCCCUACGGCCUACAACCCUCUGGAGCCAGCACGCCCACGCCCACGGCCAUCGGGAGUUACAAGGACGAGAUGCCGAGGACCUUGCCAAGGUCCCUCGAGAUGAGCGGCGUGAACAACCGGUCGGGCAUCAUACGCAUCCAGAUUGCCGAUCCGGAUCAGACGCCGGUUGCCGAGAAUCUCAAGCCCUUUGCCCUCGACAGUCCCGAGGUCGACCUCAAGUAGGACGGACACUCGACACGAUUCCCCACUUUUUUU